UGUGCGAGGCAGCUGGAGGCAGAGGGGCGGGGAGGGGGCGCAGCCGGAGCUCACAUGCAUUUAACGACCACCGACAAACCGGGAAGCCUCCUCCGGUAGCAUCGCAGCGCUCACCGACGCACACACACGCACACACACGGCCAGGGAAGAUGGUCGCGGUGCAGACGUCCCCCAACUCGUCCCCGUUAGCGGAGUGGAUCUGCUGCCUGGAUAAAAGGCCCUCAGAGCGGUCUGGAGAAGAUGUGGACAUAAUUCUGACCAGACUGAGAGAGGUCAAAGCCUUCCAGAGGUUUCCACCUCCGCUCUUACUGCAGAUCUGUGCCUGUGCCUUCUAUGAGUGCCUGGAGAAAGGCAUCACACUGUUUCGACAAGGGGACAUAGGCACCAGCUGGUACGCUGUCCUGUCCGGCUCGCUGGAUGUCAAAGUGUCAGAAACUGCAAAUCACCAGGAUGCAGUCACUAUCUGCACGCUGGGGAUUGGGACAGCGUUCGGGGAGUCCAUCCUGGACAACACACCACGCCACGCCACCAUCGUCAGCCGAGAGACCAGCGAGCUGCUCCGAAUCGAGCAGAGAGAGUUUAAGAGCCUGUGGGAG